CUCGGUCUAUGACAAAAGUAACAGAUUCAAUAGUUUUCUAUAAGAACGUGAAUAUAUAUACCAAUUGUUGAAGUCAUUGCAGCAAAGUUUCUAAAUUUUACUAAAAGGUCCGUCUUCUGAUGCUCCAGCCUUCCCUUGAAUUUGCUGCAAAAGAAGUGAUAUUCUUUUAAGUCCCAUUGGCAGCCUGAGGUAUAUAUUAAUGAUGGUUUGAAUCUAAUGGCACAGAAAUGCUUGGAACAAUUUGGUUUCUGCACAAAGUUGGUCUUUUUGGGUUAAUCAGAUGAGGCUUUUGAGUGAAAGAAAGUUUUUUUUUUUUUGUUGGUGGAAAAUAGGCAAACGAUGAGUCUUUGGGUGAUGUACCACCUUAUUGAAGCUUCUGGUAUGGUUCUGAGCAAAUAAUAUAAAUUUUUUUCCUUUUACUCCUCUGUUCUUGGUCUUUUUUAUUUUCUUUUGUCUACCCUUGUUUCUGCAUUGAAAUUGGAGGGGAAGUGCCAUGUGGUGAGCUCACAUAUGCGCACAUGGCUUCUCAACUUUCCAUGCUCUGAGACUAAUAAACAGUAGUGGGAAACCCACAGGUUUUGGGUUUUUCAAGAGAAUCAGCUGCAGAGGAAAACCACCUGAUUGGUUUUAAGAAGCAAAACCCCAGUUUUUUUAGGAGCAAUGGGAACUAGGGAACUGUGAGUCUGUGAUAAGAGAAACAACUAAGUAAUUAGUAGUUUCAGUACAAGUCGAAUUUCAAAAGAAAGAAAAGAAAAAACAAUUUUUUUUAAGCUUUUCCCUUUCGUGCAAGUUGGUGAAGGUACAGCUGCUAAUCAAAUCUCUAAGCACAGCAGUACAGAAGCUUGAGAUCUUACUGAUUUCUUCCUUGUUCAUGCCUUUUUCAUCUGCCUAUUAAUACAAUCUGGAGAUUCUGCACGUACGAUCGAGUCCCAUGUAAACCUUUCCUUUUUAGCUAUGUGUCUUUUCUAAAUAUAGACAAGCAAGAAAAGCAGUGGAGCUUUAAAUUGUCAUGCCCUUCUUCCUUGUUGUGUUUGCUUUUUUUCAAUCUAUAGAAGACCCAUCAAUCUAAUUUUUUUAUAUCUUCUAUAGAAAACUCAAUUUCUGCUAUCUCUGUUCUUUCAUCUGUCCUUGAUCUGUAUUAUAGCGUAAUCCUUUUGUCUCAGUAAAAAGUUGAUCUUUUCCAUCCAUUGUCUUCCAUUGAUCUCAUCUAGUACUGUUCUUGAAGUUCGAUAAAAGGGAAAGUGAUUGCUUUUUUCGUGCAUAAUUACUUUUCUCGGGAUAACUGAUUAGUAGGCUAGGCUUUUUCUGAUUCAUGAACUUGGAAAGCAGAGUUAAAGAUCAAAUGGUUUGCUUUAGAAGAAACCCACUACCAUGGUUUGCUGUUCUUGCUCCAUUCCUAAUCUCUGCUGGUUUUUUGGGAUUUGGGUUCUCCUCUGUUCUCCUAACAUCUACACUGUUGAUCAUCUUGUCUACUGUUUACUUCACACUCUCAAAAAGCAGAGGAAGCUCAUCGCAAAUGGAAGAUUUUGUAUCAGAACCUGAUCAGCCUGAAAGUGAAUCUAUGACAGAAAAGAAGGAAGUCCAAGAUCAAUAUUUUGUCACAUCACCUGAUUCGCUAUCAGAGAGUGAAGGCAUCUAUCGCUUAUCAACAAGUGAGGAAUCGGAUGGUUCAAUUUCUGACGAGGAAAGCCUCAUUGAAAUUGCGCUUCCAAGUGGGCAGUAUGUUGGAGAGAAGCUUAAGGUUAAUAAACAGCAGCAGAAAGUGGCUGCAGAUUUCUCGCCUGAAUCCUUUUUCCAGCCACAUUGUCUGAUGGAGCUGCUCUCUGAUAUAAAUGAGAUGAACGAAGAAGACAACUUGAUUGAGAUUGACAUAUCCAUGGGCUCCAUCAAGUGUUCAAGGUUUGAGAUCGAAGCUUGAGUUAAGUGUUUUGAAGUCAUGAUAAAUAACUUUACUGUUGAAGUUUUUGAUCCGCCAUGGAUUUUGUUGAAUUUAGGAUGUCAUGCAUACUUUUGUCUUUCUUUUACUUUGUUAUGUUGUUGUGAACUGUGAAAGCUUCUGCUCCCAAACUUUGGAUACCCAUUAAGGCACUUAAUUGUAUUUAUGGUCCUUUGUUUUCUCUUAAUGCACAUUAAAGUAUUAAAAGUUUGAAGGCCAAAGCCAUUUGCUGGAAUUCCACUUCCAUUUUCUUUUUCUA